UGUGUGAUUUCUGCGCACUGCGUUUUCAAAAUAUCAGCUCCACCUUUUCCAUUCCUCUGUAGUGAGAGAGCCUGUUGAUCUCAUCACACACACACACACACACACCUGUGCAGCGUAUCAGUGUAUAGAGGCGGAUCACUAGUGUGUGUGUGUGUGUGUUCUCAUGGGAGACACAGAGGAGAAAACGCGCAGAUUUAUUUUACAUGUUUGAAUAUUGUUCACUAUAAUCUUUUUUGUUUUUUAAUUAUUAUUAUUAUUAUUAUUAUUAUUAUUAUUAAAAGGAACAAUUUCUAGUGAUCAUUUAGUUUGUGGUUAUAUUAAUACUUCACCAUGGGGGAUGUAGUUUCUACUCACCUGGACGAGGCAAAGCGACAGGCAGUUACAGAUCAUACCAGAAGGGUGAUGACGGAGUUCAGGAAGGUGUAUGAACAGCAAUAUGCAGUGGCAGUUUUUAACAGCGUACGGUUCGAGAUUGAGGGAGGAGGGAACGUACAGUCCCAGCUUUUACGCCGCAAGGAUGCACUUCAGAAUAAGUCGAUCUUUUCUGGAGACCUGUUUCAGUACUUGGAUGAGAAUAAGAAAUGGAGGAACCGCUUUAUAUAUGUGUCCGACUCUUACAACAUCAACUUCUAUGACAGCAGACUGGCCUAUGAGAGAGACCUGCAACCCAAAGGAAGCAUUAAUUGUGCUGGAUACAAAGUCUUGACUUCCAUGGAUGAGUACCUGGACCUGAUGAACAGCUGCCUUCCUGACCCGAGGGUGAAGCAGGAAAGUUCCCUGUUUCUGAAAUGUGCCACCAGCUUUCUGCUGAUCUUGUGGCACCCCUACGCCCGGCAUCACUACUUCACAGUGAGGACUGAGAAAGAGCAGAAGAAGUGGCUUGCCGUUUUCCAGGACUGCAUCAGGCAUUCCAACAAUGGCCUGUCUGAGGAGAGCAAGGUGCUCACACCAGCGUUCACCGAUUCCCUGCGUCUAUACAGACAAGCCAAGGGUCACUACGGCACCUGGGACAUGAUGUGCGGCGAUCCAGCACAGAUUUUGGCCAAUCUGGUGAUGGAGACACUGCAUCCAGAGCUCAAGACAAAGAUAGGGCCUCGGCUGAAGGGCAAACUGCAGCAGAGACAAAGGAGCUGGAUGCUGAUCACGGAUGCAGCGUACAGGCAGGUGCUGAGUCAGACCCGAGCGCAGUAUCAGGCGCUGGUACAGGCCUGUGAGGUAGAGCACCCCCGUCUGGACGCUGUGCUGCGGACAGACAUGGACCAGAUUGUUGCCUCCAAGGAACAUGUUACAGGAAGGAUGCGUGCACUGGUGCUUCCGGGUGCAGAGCAAGUUCUUGGGAGCAACGUGCAGCCCUACAUCACCUCCAUCCUGGAAGCUCUGAUGGAACCCGUCGGCCAGGGGUUCUCCGAGGUCAGGGAGGUUCUCUCCCGGGAGCUGGUAGAAAUCAGCAAGAACACUGUCAAUGAUGGAGGCAGAGAGGUGCUUGGAAAGCAUAUGGAGAAGGUCUCCAUGUUGGCCUUCCACCCGGUGAAGAUGCAGAGCUGCUAUGAGAAGAUGGAGCAGCUGAGUCUGGAGGGCUUGCAGCAGAGAUUUGAUGUGUCCAGCCCUUCUGUGUUCAUUCAGCGAGCUCAGAUCCUCAUGCGAGAGCAAAUGGACAAUGCCGUGUACACUUUCGAGCAGCUGCUUCACCAGAACAUGGAGGAACAGUCCGGGGAGGAACUGAUUAAAACCAUCCAUCGCUGCCAGGACCGAGUACUGAAGAAAUUCGACUAUGAUAGCAGCACUGUGCGCAAGAAGUUCUUUAGAGAAGCACUGCUGCAGAUCAUUAUCCCGUACAUGCUGAAACAGCUCCACCCCAUAUAUGCUCCCGAACUGCCUAAGUUCAAAGAUUUCAUCUUCGCGGAUUACUCUCGCUUCAUAUUAGUGGAGAACAUUUUUGAAGAGGUCGUCCUACAGUCAGUCUCCAAAGACAUCAUGAUGGCUGUGAAGGACGCAGCUAUUCAGAGGAAGCACAACCUGUACAGGGACAGCAUCAUCCUGGGCAACAGUGACCCGAAUCUCCAACUGCUGGAGGAUAACUCCAUUGACUGGGCCAGCCACUAUGAAGCUGGAGAUGGAGAAGGAGGACGAAGAGGAGGAAUAGACAAGAUGCGAAGACGCAGACAGAUUGUUUCCAUGAUUCAGGUAGAGGGCAUGUCCCCGAUGCCUUAUGGUUCCUGCCUGGAAGUACCUGGUGUGGAAGAGAUACCCGAAGAGAUUGAGACGCCCACGAGUGAAGAUCUACAAGUGGAAUCUGCCAUCGAAAACAAUCUCCAUAAACAGCCCGUCAUUUCCGUUCUGUCAAAACCCCUGGAAGAUCCGAGCUCUCCAGAUGACAUCCAGCAGAUACGUCAGCUCAUCAGACCAGUCUUUGAGGUGGUCCUUCCUUCAUCAGAGGAUACCCCACUGGUGCUAACCAAUGGGAUGCUGCCUCUUGAGGAAGGGGAGGAAAUAGAGAACAUCACCGAGGUGGAUGAACCAAUGCCAAAGGACUCUGCAAUCGCCAGUGCCAUCCAGGAGCUGGAGAACGCUGUUCUGGAUGAAGAAUACAAUGUAGACUUUGAACUUCCUGAAGCUUCCAGUCCUCAAAACUAUGAUGACAGCGGAUUUCAGUCUCCGACCAAUGGGCACGGAGAGGAAGAGGACCAUCAGGCAAACACUGCAAAGCUGAAGUGUGAAGCUGAACCAGUGGAUCCUAAGCAGGUGAUGGUGAAGAUGGAGCAGGAGUCAGAAGCAAAAAGUGAAAUGCUGGUACUUCCAGUCUAACGUUUAAUCCAAUAUAUAAACUCUUUUUUCCAUACCGAAGGUUUAACUGCAAGGAAAAUACUUAAUGAUUCUUACUAUGAAGUUAUUAUAAGCAAAUAUAAGAACCUUGCACAUUUCGAGAUUUUAGAAAAAUCUUCCAAUUGCAUCGGCAAAUCAUUUUCAAUGAGUUAAACAAGUAAUGAAAUAUUUAGAAAUAGGAUAUAUAUCAAUAAUCUUAUAUUUGUUUUAUAACAGAGACAAGAGAAUCUAAUUGAACUUGCAUAUAUUGAAGAGUUUUUCUACUUUAUACCUUAUUUUUUUUUAAUAACAAUGCACAUUGCAAAUAAACGUGCAUGGUUUUUGUUUGAUUCUCAACAGUGAUAAUCCAUUGGAAAUCAAGUUUAUGUAUAUAUUUAUAUUACUGCCUUACAUAGCUUAUAUAUUUCUUAAAUAUUUAACCAGACACCAUUCACUAUUUGUCACUGAAAUGUCAGCGUUCCCUUUUCAUAUAACCAUCAUUUAGACGUCUGUCUUGAAUCACACUAAAGCCUUAACUCCAUGUAAACACUUAGAUACAGUAUGGAUACUUGUUGUUGGUCUUUCGGCUGCUCCUGGCCAGGAAUACGCAGUCCGCACCACAACUCGGCACAGGUUUUACGCCGGAUGCCCUUCCUGACGCAACCCUCCCAUUUUAUCCAGGCUUGGGACCGGCACUGCAUCCAGUGGCUGGGGUUUUUUGGGCACUGGCUGGGAAUCGAACCCGGGCCUUCUGCAUGGCAGGGCACUACAUAUUUAUAUAUGAGGGAAACGAGGAGGAAAUGUUUCUGGUCUUAAAACAGUGUAUUUAUUAUUUGUUUUUAGAUUGUUAUUAAUUAGUAUAGUUGCAGUAUACUGUAUGUCUCGCAUCCACAUAGCACUUGCCAUGUCAUCUUUCUGUUCCUCUAAUAAAGUGCGAGACAACCCUACGAUUAUCCCGUUGGGAGACAUGACUAAACCUAAUGUGGCUUUAAGGAGUAAACACAACAUGUGCUGGUGUUCUGCAUACUUUGAAACCUUGCCAUGUAUUAGGAAUUUGUUUCAUUUUCCUUGGAGGAGGACAAGCAUCAGACAUCGGCACAGACCCUUAUAGAGGUUCCAACUUCAGGUAUUUUAAUAGAAUGGAACUACAGAAUGGCUCUUUUUGUUGUUCUAUCCUGUUGACAGUUUUGGAAUUUGGAACUUUUUUUCUCUAAUAUCUGUGAUGACAGGCAGUGGAACAUUUUUCAUCACCUCUCCUUUACUUUUGCUUCUUUUAUCAAAAAAAAAAAAAAAAAUCACCUGUGUAUGUCACCAAAGUGUUUUACUGGAGUGAAUCUUUUUUUUUUCUCGGCUAUUUAUUAAUCCUGACUGUUUUAUUCUUUCCAUUCCUUCUUGUAAGUGAGUGAAUGAAUAAAUAACCCUUCAGUUUAA